UUCAAUAGUUACUUUUUACCCCCCCCCCCCCCCAUGGGUUCUGGUCAUAGAGUUGAUUUACAAAUGAAAACAUUCACUUCAAAGAGUACACAUUGCAAAAAUCAUUAAAUCUAAAAUGAUAUAAACCAAUACAAUAAUGUUUCUCUUGCAUGCUCCCAAUUGUAUUUACAUACAACGUAUUUUGGAAGUAGUAUUAGUACUUACUUGGAAAGAUACAGACCGUCAAUACUACCACCAAAGGGAUCGGACUAUCACAACAGAUCCACCAGAAACUGUGACAAAUAUCGACAUGUGAAAUGUAGGGCUGACAGACUAAAAAAACUCGCCGAUCCCCUACGUUGUGCUCCUUUUGAAUGCCUAAUGACUUUAUCUCUACGGAUAUCUGUUGUGUUUUAAAGUGUUGCUACACGCACUCAUUUUGGCUUUGACGCCACAAAAGGCUACGUGACUACCAUUAAUUUUUACUCUUAUCUAUCGUUAUAUCCUGACAGGUGGUCAGAAUGGGCCGACCCAAGCAUGGAGGUACAAUACAUCGCUGAACUCAUGGGCUGAGUUGGCAUCCAUGGGGGAAGAAAGGAAAUGGCACGGCAUGGCAGCUCUAAACGGGCAGGCGUACGUUGUCGGCGGUGACGUGGAAGGCACAUGGCGGCUUGAAGAUGUCGAGGUGUACAGAGAGACAACAAACAGCUGGGAAAACGUAGCGCCACUCAAACUUGGCGUCAGCCAGUUUGCCAUAGCCACAUUUAGCGGGAACAUGUACGUAUUUGGAGGCGAGCGCCGCAGCACCACAACCACGACGCGACGCACCGGCUGCGUCCAGCGCUACAACCCCGCCGAAGACGAGUGGACGUUUGCCACACCACUGCCUGACAAGCCGUGGCCUGGAAAGGCGUUCACAAUCAAGGCGAACGUCUACUUGUUUGGCGGAGAAAUGGACGGUAUCCUGUGCUACGAUCCGCUGACGGACUGUUAUGAGAAGGUUCACGAAUCUGAUCGGUGGGUACUAUCUGGACAUGAUGAGUUCAGUUCCACUGUGUGCGGAUCUGAGAUCUAUAUAGUUGGUGGCCGUCGCACCAAGGUCUAUCCCGGUACGAAACCCAAGCCUACAGUUCGAUGCUGUAACGUGACCAGCGGUAUUGUGAGUACUUGGGGUUUAACAGAACUGCCAUUGCCACUGUAUAUGCACAACGUUGUGACAGUGUUGAAAAACUAAGCUGCCAAACAAGACAACCCUGGUUCAACUUUAUCCGCGGGGUAACCUAUAUCUGUUAUUUUUAAACUGUGUAUUUAGGGAUAGGAUGUCGAGGACUGGUUUAAGAUGCAAAAUGUGGAAGAUGCAAAAUGUGCAUUGUAAUUUGAAACUACAAGUACCAUCCGUUGAAAUGAUACCCAUGCUUUAAAGAGCA